CGGAAGGGGCGCGGCCGAGUGACGUCAGGGGAUGUUUUGCUAACCGUUAGCAUCGGAAGCUAACCGUGUGUCUCGGUGUCCAGGCGGGCUCAGCUCGGUUUUCCCGGUGAACCGCGGGUGGACGUGUCUUUUCGAAACGCCUGUGUCGACACGGAGACAUGAACGGGAGCACGAACCCGCUGCUGGACAAAGAGGAGCACGUGCUGAAGCUCGGGGAAAGUUUCGAGAAGAGGCCGAAGUCCUCGUUCCACACCAUCAGAUAUGACUUCAAACCAGCAUCGAUCGACACGAGCUGCGAGGGAGAGCUGCAAGUCGGGAAAGGAGACGAAGUGACCAUCACGUUACCUCACAUCCCGGGCUCCACGCCGCCCAUGACGGUUUUCAAAGGAAACAAGCGUCCGUACCAGAAGGACUGCGUGCUCAUCAUCAACCACGACACCGGGGAGUACGUGCUGGAGAAGCUGAGCAGCAGCAUCCAGGUCAAGAAAACCAGGGCAGAGGGCAGCAGUAAGAUCCAGGCCCGGAUCGAGCAGCAGUCUGUCCGGUCCAGUCAGCCCAGCUCUCAGUUCCGGGCCCCCACGAAGCCCGGGGUCGGGGUCAAGACGUCCCCUUCCCCUUCGAAGGACAAUCCGUCCCCUGAGCCUCAGCUCGAUGAUAUCAAAAGAGAGCUGCGAGCCGAGGUGGACGUUAUUGAACAGAUGAGCAGCAGCGGCAGCAGCUCUUCUGACUCGGCGAGCGCGUCGGCGAGCGGCGACGACAGCAGCAGCGACGGCGAGCACGGCGCCCCUCGACCGCUCAGUCAGACCUCGCCCAGCCACGUGCCUGUGGCCAACGGAGGAGCGGAGCGGCCGCAGGGCAACAACCAGCUCAUGAACACGCUCAGAAACGACCUGCAGCUCAGCGAGUCGGGCAGCGACAGCGAUGACGACUGAACGCUGGUCGGUUUCACUCUCUGUCCACACUCCUCCUCCUCCUCCUCCUCCUCCUCCACUGGUUCCUUUGCUGUGGUAGCUGACCUAAGCCGUAUAUAUCUUGUUUUUUAACUUUAUUUUAGUAAAUCCUCAACGCUGGUCAACUUUAAGAGUGUAUUUUUAUUAGAUGUAUAUUUUGUUUUGUAAAGCUCCGUUAGAAAAAGAAACCUUUACUUGAGAGAUGUGGAAGAUUAUAUAUUAGAGUGCACAUACAUAUUUUCUGUACUUGGAGCAGCUAGUUCGAUCUCUUGUGUCUAUCUUUGGGUUUUGUCUUCAUGGUAAAACGAGGAGGAGAUUGAACAUCAUCUCCGACUCUCUCUCAUCCCUUCACAUCGUUCACAGAAACGAUGUGCUGCCUGUGAAGGAAAGAAACAAAUCGAAUCAUCAUCUGCUCGUGUAGUAAAUGUUGAGAUCAGCGUUUCUUUACUUUUUGCUCAUUUUAAAAAUGAAUUUAAAAAUCAAAACCAACCUGAUAUCAGAUGACAUUCAUCAGAGGAAAAAAAAAAAAGAAACAGAGCUGGUGUUUAUUUUGUCUUAUUGUCAAUGAAUCCUGUGAAAAGACCAAAACCGGAGCGUUUCCUCGUGUCUGCACAGAACUCAUCUUAAUCAGAGUCAGUACAACAUUUCAAAAUAGGAUCAAAAACAAAUUUCCUCCAAAGAGCUUUAAUUUCACCUUUCACAAAAACGCCACUCUCCAUUUCUCGUAUUGUUCAUAUAAAACCACUCGCUGCCUUACGGCGUCUCCAACCACAGCGAAUGUGUCAUUUUCUGAAAAAGCCAAAGAGUUGAGCUCGUGCAGACGUCAUCUCGUGCACGGAGCGGGUUGAGCGGUGUAACGGCGUCGUGUCGCUGUGUCGUCGUGUUGUGCUUUGACCAAGUGAAGUCAGUGAUUGUUCCCUUUGUCUGCAGGUGAAUAUCGUUCCGUGUCGUUCGGAUCAGUCAGAAACACGGCUGAAGAGUUUCAUUACAAAAACCACUGACGUCUGAGUUCAACCUUUCACGCUGAAUCAUGAGCUUGUUUUUAAGAACUUGUAAAAAAAGACGCGUUUUAAUAACGAGGAUGUUGUACUUUGUGUAUAUUUGUGUGUUUGUCAGAUAGUUUGCACGAUGACACGAAAACUACUCGACGCAUUUCACAAGUUUAGUCACACGGAGAAGAGAAGACGCGAGGAAGAGGAAACACUCCAGAUUCACAGUGAAACAUCAAACUCAUUUUAAUGUUCAUGUUAAAACUUUCUCGAGUCAAUCAUCGAUCUGUUGAGGUGGUGACGUCAUUCGUUUACUCGGCUGGAAUCGUGAAGCAGAGAAAUUUCCCGCUCAAAUCAUUUGUUCUACUGUUUAAUUUCAACCUCUGAUCUUUAACUUUUAAAACAUUGGCUAUGAAAAAAGAACGUUGUUUCCAUUAAACCCUUUUUUUUUUGAAUAUGUGAACUUUGAAUGCUUCCGUGUGAUUUUGAAAUGAAACUCUUCAGAACAAACAUUUUAAGAUUCUCUGUCGUCUCUCAGGACGUGUUUUUAAAGCUUCGCCGUGUUUCUCAAAAACGUACAUGAGGACAGAACACGAUGAUUGUACGAACAGUACGAACCGUUGAGUCAGAUUUCCAGCUUCUCUGGUUUCUGGUGACCGUCGAUGUAUUUCUUCUUUUAUGUUGAUGUUUAGUUUUUUUCCUUCAUCACAGAUCUGUUGUCUGACGGACUCUGGUGUAUUUGGUGCUUUAGUUCUCGUGAUACGUUUAUAGGAAAUCUGUUUGUACAAAUUUGAAGUGUAUUAAAAUGCACAUGUAUUAAAAAAUAA